CCUUCUGCCCAAUGGAACAUCGUGUUUUCUUUGCCUUUCUGGCCCUCACCUUGAUCCACCUUCUCCUUGGGGGUCGCAAUCAGUUGGUUGAAGCUGCUCCCUCCUCGGAAGACCUGGCGAAGUUUGGGGAAAUGGAGCGAACCAUCAAGGAGCUAACCAGCUCGAUUUUGGCCAUGAGUGGAGCCAGUUCGGGUCUCAAUCCCGGCGAUCCUUUAGCCAACCGAAAUGGCAACAAUAUUUGGCCAGAAGAUCUUCAGGCCUAAAAGCGGCACCUUACCUCUCUG